UCCAGCCCUCGCUCGCAGCCAGCCGCCUCGGGUCGCGAUGUCUCCGUGAGAAAACCGGGCGCGUGGAAAGUUGUGUUAAAUGUUUGAAAUUACAACGCGCGCGCCGAGAAGGGACUCCGCUCCUCGUGCGCGCGACAGCCUCCGCCGAGCGACGGCCGAAGUAGUCGGAGCCGGGACGCAGAGAAACUCUUCUCUGUGACGCUUUAAGACAAACUCCCUCAAAGUGGCUCACGUUCUCGCCAACCAGCCCGGCGCGACGGCUGCUGUUCAGCCCGCCUGGAGGACUGUGAGCAGCAGCAGCAGCAGCAGCAGCAAGAGGAUGGCAUCAGAGCUGGCAAUGAGCAACUCCGACCUGCCCACCAGUCCCCUGGCCAUGGAAUAUGUUAAUGACUUCGAUCUGAUGAAGUUUGAAGUGAAAAAGGAGCCGGUGGAGCCCGAUCGCACCAUCAGCCAGUGCAGCCGCCUCAUCGCCGGGGGAUCCUUGUCUUCCACGCCGAUGAGCACGCCCUGCAGCUCUGUGCCCCCCUCCCCGAGCUUCUCGGCGCCCAGUCCGGGCUCGGGGAGCGAGCAGAAGACACACAUAGAGGACUUCUACUGGAUGUCCGGUUACCAACAGCAGCUCAACCCAGAAGCGCUGGGCUUCAGCCCCGAGGACGCGGUCGAGGCGCUCAUCAACAGCAGCCACCAGCUCCAGUCGUUCGAUGGCUACGCCAGAGGCCAGCAGUUCCCAGGCGCAGCCGGCCCGGGAGGCGCCAUGGCCGGGGAGGAGAUGGGCUCCGCCGCGGCGGUAGUGUCGGCGGUCAUCGCUGCGGCCGCCGCUCAGAACGGGGCUCAGCACCACCACCACCAUCACCACCACAACCACAGCGGGGCCGGGGGAGGAGGAGGGGGCAGCGGAGGCGGAGGUGGCGGUGGCGGUCACCACCACCACCAGGCGCCGGGCAUCCAGUCCAACGGCGUCUCCGGGACAAAUCACCACCCGCACAUGCGCCUGGACGACCGCUUCUCAGACGAGCAGCUGGUCACAAUGUCCGUGCGGGAGCUCAACCGACAGCUGCGGGGGGUCAGCAAGGAAGAAGUGAUCCGGCUCAAGCAGAAGAGGAGGACCCUCAAGAACCGAGGCUACGCGCAGUCGUGUCGCUUCAAGCGCGUCCAGCAGCGGCACGUCCUGGAGGGCGAGAAGACGCAACUGGUGCAGCAAGUGGAGCACCUCAAGCAGGAGAUCUCCAGGCUGGUCCGGGAGAGGGACGCGUACAAAGAAAAGUAUGAGAAGCUCAUCGGCAACGGCUUCAGAGAAAGUGGCUCGAGCAGCGACAACAACCCUUCAUCUCCGGAGUUUUUCAUGUCAUCCAGAAAAUUCCUCCAUCUGUGAUUUCAAGCCCCAUUCCUCCGCGCCCUUGGCUCCCUCAGACAACUCUACAACUGAGCAGUUCGGACAUCAGAACGGCUGGCCAAUAGCAUGAAGACACCAACAAAGCACAACAUUCAAAAACGUCUUCAAUGGGGGGGACGAAAGACAGACCUGCUGAAAUCCCUCAAAACUGCUACUUCUGACUCUUUCCCUGAUAUUUUACCUCCAUUUUUUUCUCUAUAAAACACAAAAAAGGGAAAAAAUAAAAAGACUAAACUCAAGAGACAUUGACAACGGGAGGAUUAUUUUCCCUGCAGCAGUAACUUCACUAAUGCAUGCUUCUGUAAAUAGAUCAUAAUAAAACCGUUCCCACACUUCUGAUGCGGGCCACAUACCAAAUCAUUCUCACCAUCCCAUAAACCUUCACGACUGUGUAUAGUCCUCAUGGCCCACCAUUUUCCACAUGAAGCCACUAUCCUUCUUGUUCCAGACACCAUAUAAUUAUCAUUUCCAGUAUCAUUUCUCUUCAGCUUAUUGGGACUGUAAAAAGGCAAAAGUGCUUCCAAUAAUCACUGUUCUGGUCUUCCCCCUCCAGUAUCCAUUUUAGUACAUGUAAAUAGAGCUGGACGAAGACAAACAUGAAACACUAUACACUACAUAGUGUAUCACUGCAGCUCUUCCGUACUAUAGCUCUCAACAUUCAUACAUGGAUAUUUUAGAAAUAUUUUUGUUCUAAUAUAAACAUGCUAAAACACAAUUAUGUGGUUUUAUUAGACUGCAUAAAGAUCUUAGCUAUAGGAAAAGACAUGCUUGAGACAUUACAAGGCAACACCACAAACUAUAUCUGUAAUAAUGAAGCCGCCGUGAAAAGGAACCGUCUGUGUUUCAAGAGUUGAACAUGGCUUGGAAAAAGUUAAAUUUCUCUUUAUACUGGUAUUAUUCGGAUGUUUCCUUCAUUCAUUAGCUUCAUUCAUUGUAAUUUUUCCUGUUGGAGCUGCCCACCUCCUCCUUUUAGGGGCAACCUUUUGCUUUGCAUGGUUGUCGGUGCUCUCCUCCUGACCUAAUAAACGGGAAAGAACACCUCAUCGAUUGCAAUGUAAACUAGGACACCUCUGUCGUCAGUGGACCAUUAUGAUAAUCAGAUGGACUGACAGACAAGAUGCCAAACCGGUGGACAGACAACUUCAGUGGAAACGAAAGACAACUUUACAUGGUCAACAGGGAACCGAACACCGCACUUCCACCAUUUUACACCCCCUACCUCUAAGUGAGUGAUCUGCACAGAGGCUUCUAUCACUUUUUUACGACUCCGUCAAUCUGCUUCCCUGCUGCAUGACACGAGGAGAACCUUGCUCUUUGUUGGAUGCUACAGGCAGCCAUUUCACUUGAGGAAACAAAUUGUUCACUUUGACGCUCAGUGAAAUAAGCUAGAACAUGCUAAGAGGUUUGCAACCAAAACACAGCAUUGCUAAAAUAUACCACUGUAUAUAUGUACAGUAUUUCGACACUGUAUAGCCAGAGAUGCUGCAUGUUGAGUUGGAACUUGAUCACUACAUAAGCCUCAUCACUUCUCCUCACAAGUAACACAACAUGUUGAUUUAACUCACCUAUUCCUAUGGUGAACGUUGCUACUCAACCUAAUAGGCAACAGCAGAGUUGAUAGGUCUUAACCUAUUUUAAAGGACACGUAACCUCACUUUGGAUGUCCCACAGAACCUGGCCACAGUGAGCGUGGGUGAAAGAUGAGAAGAAGGGAGGCAAACUGGGGUGCACCAAUUAAAUGGCAGCUUACAAAGUGGUACAGGGCAUCGUGCCAGCAGCUGUCCAUUCAUCCAACGUCAAAAGGAUUUGUACAUCUCAGUGAAUCAACACGCUGCCAGGAAAGUCCAAAACUAAAGUACAGAUCAGAAAGUGAACAGUAUCCAACUUUUAGUUGUGUCCGUUCACCCCUAAAAGUAUAUAUGUGUUCAAAAGCGAUAUUGAAGAGCUCAACUCACCAACUGACCUUAAAUUGUUAGCAUGUUAUGUUGCUAGCUCUCUAGCCUGCCAUGACCUUAUAUCCUGCUUGAUGUUUACUUUGUGCUAAUGAGGAUCAGAGGCUUCGAACUGAGUUUACAUGAUUCCCAACUAUAAUGCUAUACAUUUUUCCUACUACUGUUUAAUUAAAGGCUAUAUAUUUUAAAAUAUUAGUAGAUGGUUCCUGACGUGACCAUUAGGCAGCAUUUGCUCGCCAAGACUCCCCAAGCUCAAGAUGUAUGUCGCCAUUCAAAGGGGGAGCGCAGGCAAUACAUACAGUAGAAUGUGCAUACAAACACAGAGCGAAAUAUAUUAUUUUUGCUGUCGGAGACAGACACACACACACACAUACACAGACUAAUCUAAAGAGCAAGGCAGUAUGUAAACAGAUCGUCAACAUAAUGGGAUUGUUCAGUGUGCAACCAAUAAGCUGUUAGCGUAAUCAGAGGUCAAAGAUAUAUUACCCACUUGGCCAUGUUGUAGGUAUAUUAACAUGAUGGAUAUGUGGGUGGGCAGGUGGGUUGUUGGGAUGCAAAUGGUAGGGAACUCUAUGGAUGCAGAGUCACCCAUUAGUCUACCUUUCUCUCCUCUGCAUCCUUUCUCUUUGCUCCACUGACUCAGCUUCUUCACCCACUUCUUUAUGAGACGUUUCUCCUAUUGUUUACUAUGUCUACUCAUGUGUCACACAAUUUACAAAAUUCCUAACCGUCAAUUAAUCAACUAAUCAAUUUAUCUUCCCAUCUGCCCAUCCCAAGUAUAAUCAUUUUUAGAUGAACAUACUGAUAAACAUAUCUCCAGUUUUCUGUGCUUGGAGCACAUAAGUGUCAGUCAAGAUGGAGGAUAUUGUAGUGCCCUUUCAGUUAAUUAACUUACAGUGUGUGGCCACUUUUUUAACUAGUUGAAAAGUCCAUGUCCAUCUGACUAAACACCCCAUCAAUGUCAUCACUGGCUCUGUGGACCAGUGGCAUUGAUUCACAGGGGGACAAGCGUUAAAAGCAAUUUUUAAGGUAGAGGAUAUGUAAAAAAAUGACAUUCAUAGUCCUGCUCAGUGCUGAAAUCCAAAACCAUAAGGAAGCAUUUAGCGGAUUUAUGAUGAUAUGAUUUUUGUUUCACUACCAAUUAAGAAUAAUUGUAAAACCAACAUUGUUUCAAAAUUGAAAUGUGUUUGCUGUUACAUUGAAGUAAAGGGCUCUAUUUUUGUGAAUAGUGCAAAUACAACGCUGCGAACUCUGCAAGGAGACGGGCUAGACUCAGUAAUUUCAUGGACCGCCUUACAACCCAGCACAUUUAAAAGUCUGGGCAUCACCACAGACACG